AAUUGGCCAGGGCUGGCCGACGGCGGGCGGCGACCAAUAGACGAGGCCGGCCAGAGCGCGCUCCCUUAGUAGGUGGAUGGUGGUCAGAGCGCCGGCUGCCUUCUUGUCGUCGCCAUUUUGUGCUGGUGAUUGCGGCCGGCUGCUAGUAGGCGGCCGUGAGUUUCCCCGGGAGGGCACCAGGCUUGGCGCCUCUCUCCCCGCCUGCCCCUCUUUCUACCUCCAGCUUUGGACUUGAUUGUUGCAUGCUCCAGCUCCGACUGAGCUAGGAGACUUGGAGAAGGUGGCGGCGGGCCGAGGUGAUGUCUGGGAGCCCUCCCUUGACAGCCCGGGCCGAGAAGGUGAGCGUCGACGCUGGUCGUGGGGGCGGAGAAUCCCUGCAGGAAGCAUCACCCAGGCUGGCAGAUCAUGGUGGCAGCAGCGGGGGUGGCUGGGAAGUGAAACGGAGCCAGCGGCAGAGGAGGGGACCCAGCAGCCCCCGCAGGUCCUAUCAGGACAUGGAGUAUGAAAGACGAGGUGGUCGGGGUGACAGGACCGGGCGCUAUGGAGCCACGGAUCGCUCACAGGAUGAUGGUGGAGAGAACCGGAGCCGAGACCACGACUACCGGGACAUGGAUUACCGCUCGUACCCUCGCGAGUAUGGUGGCCAGGAAGGCAAGCACGACUACGAUGACUCCUCUGAAGAGCAGAGUGCAGAGGAUUCCUACGAGGCCUCCCCGGGCUCCGAGACUCAGCGUAGGCGGCGGCGGCGGCACAGGCACAGCCCCACCGGCCCGCCAGGCUUCCCCCGAGACGGCGACUAUCGGGACCAGGACUAUCGGACCGAGCAAGGGGAGGAGGAGGAGGAGGAUGAGGAGGAGGAGGAGGAGGAGAAGGCCAGUAACAUCGUCAUGCUGAGGAUGCUGCCACAGGCAGCCACUGAGGAUGACAUCCGUGGCCAGCUGCAGUCCCACGGCGUCCAGGCACGGGAGGUCCGGCUAAUGCGGAACAAAUCCUCAGGUCAGAGCCGGGGCUUCGCCUUCGUCGAAUUUAGUCACUUGCAGGACGCUACACGAUGGAUGGAAGCCAAUCAGCACUCCCUCAACAUCCUGGGCCAGAAGGUGUCCAUGCACUACAGCGACCCCAAACCCAAGAUCAAUGAGGACUGGCUAUGUAAUAAGUGUGGUGUGCAGAACUUCAAACGCCGAGAAAAGUGCUUCAAAUGUGGUGUGCCCAAGUCAGAGGCAGAGCAGAAGUUGCCCCUCGGCACCAGGCUGGAUCAGCAGACGCUACCACUGGGCGGACGAGAGCUGAGCCAAGGCCUGCUCCCCCUGCCGCAACCCUACCAGGCCCAGGGAGUGCUGGCCUCCCAAGCCCUGUCCCAAGGCUCCGAGCCAAGCUCAGAGAAUGCCAAUGACACCAUCAUUUUGCGUAACCUGAACCCACAUAGCACUAUGGACUCCAUCCUGGGAGCCCUAGCACCUUAUGCGGUGCUGUCUUCCUCCAACGUGCGUGUCAUCAAGGACAAGCAAACCCAACUGAACCGAGGCUUCGCUUUUAUCCAGCUCUCCACCAUCGUGGAGGCUGCUCAGCUGCUGCAGAUCCUGCAGGCACUUCACCCACCACUCACCAUCGACGGCAAGACCAUCAAUGUGGAAUUUGCCAAGGGUUCUAAGAGGGACAUGGCCUCUAAUGAAGGCAGUCGCAUCAAUGCCGCCUCUGUGGCCAGCACUGCCAUUGCUGCGGCCCAGUGGGCCAUCUCACAGGCCUCCCAGGGUGGGGAGGGUGCCUGGGCCACCCCUGAGGAACCACCGGUCGACUACAGCUACUAUCAACAGGAUGAGGGCUAUGGCGGCAGCCAGGGCACAGAGUCCAACCUCUAUGCCCAUGGCUAUCUCAAGGGCACCAAGGGCCCUGGCAUCAGUGGAACCAAAGGAGACCCAUCUGGAGCGGGUCCUGAGGCCUCCCUGGAACCUGGGGCAGACUCCAUGUCACUGCAGGCUUUCUCCCGUGCCCAGGCUGGUGCCACCCCUGGCCUCUACCCACAAUCAGCCGAUGCCAGCAGCAGCCAGGGGGCCGUUGCCAACAGCCAGUCCUACACCAUCAUGUCACCCGCUGUACUCAAGACCGAGCUCCAGAGCCCUAACCAUCCCAGCUCUACCCUCCCGCCAGCCACCAGCCCCACUACCCAGGAGUCCUACAGCCAGUACCCUGUGCCUGACGUCUCCACCUACCAGUACGAUGAGACAUCUGGCUACUACUAUGACCCCCAGACCGGCCUCUACUAUGACCCCAACUCCCAGUAUUACUACAAUGCUCAGAGCCAGCAGUACCUGUACUGGGAUGGGGAGAGGCGGACCUACGUUCCUGCCCUGGAGCAGUCCGCCGAUGGGCAUAAGGAGACAGGGGCGCCCUCAAAGGAGGGCAAAGAGAAGAAGGAAAAGCACAAGACCAAGACAGCACAGCAGAUUGCCAAGGACAUGGAACGUUGGGCUCGCAGUCUGAACAAGCAAAAGGAAAACUUCAAAAACAGCUUUCAGCCCAUCAGCUCCCUGCGAGAUGACGAAAGGCGGGAGUCAGCUACUGCAGAUGCUGGCUACGCCAUCCUGGAGAAGAAGGGAGCGCUCGCCGAGAGACAGCACACGAGCAUGGAUCUCCCAAAGCUGGCCAGUGACGACCGCCCAAGCCCACCACGGGGGCUAGUGGCAGCCUACAGCGGGGAAAGUGACAGUGAGGAGGAACAGGAGCGUGGUGCAGGCCCUGAGCGGGAGGAGAAGCUCACAGACUGGCAGAAGCUGGCCUGUUUGCUCUGCCGGCGCCAGUUCCCCAGCAAAGAGGCACUUAUCCGGCACCAGCAGCUCUCUGGACUCCACAAGCAAAACCUUGAGAUUCAUCGACGGGCCCAUUUGUCAGAAAAUGAGCUGGAAGCACUAGAGAAGACGGACAUGGAGCAAAUGAAGUACCGGGACCGCGCAGCCGAACGUAGAGAGAAGUAUGGCAUCCCUGAGCCUCCAGAGCCCAAGAGGAGGAAGUAUGGUGGCAUAGCAGCAGCCUCCGUGGACUUUGAGCAGCCCACUCGGGAUGGCCUGGGCAGUGACAAUAUUGGCAGCCGAAUGCUGCAGGCCAUGGGCUGGAAAGAGGGCAGCGGCCUGGGCCGCAAGAAGCAGGGCAUCGUAACACCCAUUGAGGCCCAAACACGGGUGCGGGGAUCUGGCUUGGGCGCCCGGGGCAGCUCCUACGGAGUCACUUCCACAGAGUCCUAUAAGGAGACACUGCACAAGACAAUGGUGACCCGCUUCAAUGAGGCCCAGUGAGCCGCUGCAAGAGCAACUUAUCAUGUUAUUGAAUUUCCAUCCUUGGCUGGGGGGGUAAUGAAAUGUUGGGUGGUCAGAGGGAGACCCUGCUUCCAUGUACCAGCCUAUCCCCCAGCCAGAGCAGCCCUGACCAAAUCAAACUUGGAGUUGGUGACUUUUGUUGGAGAAUUGGGCUGGGAUCAUGUCCUUUUUGUAAUAAAACUUGAAAAGUCUGCA